AUGAUGGUCUUCUCGCUCGUCCUCCUCACCUACUUCAUGGUCGUCUCCGGCAUCGUCGAGCCGCCGGGAAUCGGAUCCACCCAGGACCCGGUCAGCGGCACCGUGCGGCCCAUCGUCUUCAUGUCCGGCCGAGUCAACGGGCAGUACAUCAUCGAAGGGUUGUCGUCAGCUGGUUUCAUAUUCGUCCUCGGUGGGAUCGGGAUCGUUCUCUUGGAUCUUGCGCUGGACAAGAAUCGGGCGAAGAGCGUCAAGGUUUCGUAUGCCUCUGCUGGGGUUUCCUGA